CUAAGGUUCACCGAGAUCUCCCGCACCUUUCGCUUUUUCCCCACAACAGAUCAAUCUCACAUCCUCUCAUCACCAAACAAACCGCCAGCAAAAAUGUCGGAUGUUCAGGAGCGUUUGAAGAAGCUGGGCGCCUCGGCCCGUAUCGGAGGCAAGGGUACUCCCCGCAGAAAGGUCAAGAGAGCGCCUGCCCGCUCCGCUGGCGAUGACAAGAAGCUCCAGGCCACCCUCAAGAAGGUCAAUGUUCAGCCCAUCCAGGCCAUCGAGGAGGUGAACAUGUUCAAGAGCGACGGCAACGUCAUCCACUUCGCCGCCCCUAAGGUUCACGCCGCUGUCCCCGCCAACACUUUUGCCAUCUACGGCAACGGUGAGGACAAGGAGCUCACUGAGCUCGUCCCCGGUAUCCUUAACCAGCUCGGCCCCGACUCCCUUGCUUCCCUCCGCAAGCUUGCCGAGAGCUACCAGAACAUGCAGAAGAACGAGAAGGACGCUGAGGAGGAUGAUAUUCCCGAUCUCGUUGCCGGCGAGAACUUCGAGAGCAAGGUCGAGUAAAUUACAAAAAAAUAAAAUACUCCCUCUCUCUGUUUGAUUCCCCCAAAGCGCGGUUUUUCCUAUCUACAUAUUUGCGGUGACAUUUAUCAUGGCGUGCUGCGUUGGGGAAAUCACGGGGUCUCUUCAACCCGUCCUUUAGUUGUUCAAUGUCUUCUCAUGAUGGGUUAUGAAUCUAUGUGAAGCUGGGAAAUGCUCUUCGGGCCGCAAUGUUGAUGUCAUCUUCAGCUCCAAGAGAAAGGAUGUUACUUGGUACAUGUGGCAACGAGGCGGAAAGACGUGUUUAAUUGUCUUCGUCCAUCUCGGUUUUGCUCCUGGACUCUUCCAGAGAAAGACUGCGGUUGAAAUGAUGGCUAUAGGAACAACGCCGAUGCUACAUCAAAACGAUGUACAUAACCAAAACAAAACAACUGACCAAGCGCUGGAAAAAAGAAAAAGCUUCUUGGCCUCUC